UCCACAGUAAUGUACUCGACGACGCUGGUUCUCAAGGGUGGACCCCGCCAUCCAGCAAGGACUUACCGCACCGUUAAACAACUUUAAUAGGAGUCCUUUUAGUAUCUAAACAUGUCUGCCAAAGUCAGUCAGGAAGAAGCUGUUGAACACUCCGGACAGCUUAAGUUCCUCUCCGCGCUGUUUUACGCCGGCAGCUCGUUUAUUCUAACGGUGGUGAAUAAAACCGUGCUGACCACUUUCAGGUUUCCCUCCUACAUGUGUCUAGGAAUUGGACAGAUGGCCACCACUCUUGUUGUCCUUUAUGUUGCAAAAAAGAGCAAAACAGUCCAAUUUCAAGAUUUUGACAUCAGUAUUCUCUUAAAGAUUUUCCCUCUGCCAUUGCUAUAUGUUGGGAACCAUAUCACAGGACUUGCAAGCACUAAAAAACUCAGUUUGCCCAUGUUUACAGUGCUACGGAAAUUCACCAUCUUGAUGACAAUGAUCUUGGAAGUAUACAUACUCAGAAAAACAUUUCCAAAACGCCUUGUGUACAGUGUUGCGGCCAUUAUCCUUGGUGCCAUGGUUGCUGCAAGCUCUGAUCUGGCGUUUGAUGUGGAGGGAUACACUUUCAUCUUGCUCAAUGAUGUCUUCACCGCUGCUAGCAGCGUGUACACCAAGAAGAAACUUGGCUCUGAGGGUCUUGGGAAGUAUGGUGUCUUAUUUUACAAUGCACUAAUCAUAAUCAUCCCCACUCUCUUGGCAAGUGCAUUUACCGGAGAUUUACAUGAGGCAGUCACAUUUGAAGACUGGGUUGAAGCCACAUUUAUUUUUUGUUUCCUUGUCUCCUGCUUCAUGGGGUUCGUGCUGAUGUAUUCCAUAGUGCUGUGCAGCUAUUAUAACUCAGCACUAACUACCGCAGUGGUUGGAGCAAUAAAGAAUGUUGCAGUAGCCUACAUUGGCGUCUUUGUGGGUGGAGACUACCUGUUCUCAUGGACAAACUUCUUAGGCCUCAGUAUUUGUAUGUCGGGUGGACUAAUGUACUCAUACUUCACCUUUAACAUCCAACCAUCUGAGGGGAACAACGAGGAGCUGAAGAUUCAUGUUACAGAUGAUUCAAAAGGGAGGUUCUCCACAAAUUAAAUGGACGAUGUUUUAGCAUUCACCACUAGGUGGCAUUGUUCUGCUCCAUAUUGGAGCGUAUUAUCUUCUGCACUUAUUUUUUUAUAUUCUUUUAAAAUCAUUCAACUGACACAUAACUUGUUUUUAUAUAUUUGAUGUUUUCUUACUAUGAAAUCAUGACUGAAUAAAUUGACAGUAAGUGCA